GUAGUAUUUGGCGCUUAGGAGACUGCACUUUGAGGACUGUAAAUGGAUAGAAGUUCAUUGAAGAUGUGCAAUACCUAAUAUAUUAAAUUAAUCACACCCUCUUUUAAUACAGUACAAUGCCUGAGGAGGAAUUGACAGUGCCUGAAGAACUUUUUAAAGAUGUUAAAUUCUACGUGGUUGGUGAUAUUGACCAAAAGGUUGUUGAACUUUUGAAAGCGGGGAAAGGAAAAGAAGUUUCCUACAAUGCUUUGGCAACGCACAUCAUCGCAGUAGAUGGUGAUAAUCCUGAAGUUAGUGAAUCACGAGAAGUUUUCGAUUUGCCAGUUGUGAAGCCAUCUUGGGUGAUUCUUUCUGUACGAUGUGGAGACUUGCUACCAGUCACAGGCUUCUCUCCAGAGUCAGGCCAGCUGUUCUUUGGAGUUACAGCAUGUCUUCCAUGGCUUCCCGAAGAUCUCAACACUCUUUGGGCUUUGAUCACGUACCAUGGUGGAGAUUGUCAGCUCUCACUCAACAAGAAGUGCACUCACUUGAUUGUGCCACAGCCAAAAGGGGAGAAGUAUGAGCGUGCCCUAAAGGAGAGUGGCAUGCUCAUAGUCACACCGGAGUGGGUGGCGGACUCUGUGAAGGACAAGACCCGGAAGGACGAGCUGCUCUACCACCCCCGCCUGAUCUGCCAGGAGAAGGACGAGGACGAAGGCAGCGACUAUGAUUCACGCUCAGAUGGCAGUUAUAGCCCCCGCCGCUCCCCACGCAGCCGCCGGUCCAGUGGCGCUUCUUCCGCUGACGGCUCCCCCGUGGGCAGACGUCGCCGACCUCGCCGCCGGCGCCGCUCCUCCUCACAGUCGCCCUCCCGCUCGCGUUCCCAUUCCCGCUCCAGGUCGCGCUCCCCCAGCCCGUCGUCCCACAAGCCCGAGCGGCGGAGCGAGCUCAUGUUCGACGACUCGGACGACUCCUCUCCCGAGAAGGAGGAGCGGAACCUGAACUGGACGCCCGCUGAGGUGCCAAACCCCCCCGCCGCAGCCACUGCCAAGCGCCGCCUGCAGCCCGGCAAGGACUCGGGGCUCAUCAACCUGUGUGCCAGCGUACCCAUGAUUCCUGGAGCUGCAGCGGUCGGAGGACCAGCGCUACCAUCAGAAGUGGCUGGAGGUGGAGGUGGAGGUGGAGGGGCAGUGGCCGGGGCAGGGGCAGGGGCAGCGGCAGCAGUAGCGGUAGCGGACAGGCCUGAGGCCCUGCCUGGGUGGAGUCCUGCAGCUAGAACGCUGAGGAACAUCACCAACAGUGCUGACGUACAGCAGCCCAACAGACCCUCCAGUGUCGCACAUAUUCUCCAGAGUCUCACUGGCCCCGCGAAGCCCCUGGAGCCACAGGCUCACGCGGGCCAGCCUGGCGUGCCAACCCAGCUGCUUUUCAAUCAGGCCAAGUCACAGGGGACACAGCAGCAGCUUACAGAAGCACAACAGCAUCUCCUGCAACAACAACAACAACAGCAGCAGCAGCAGCAACAACAACAACAACAACAACAAGGCCAUCAGCUGCAACAACAGCAGCAGCCCCAGCAGCAGCAGCCACAGCAGCAGCAGCAGCAGCAGCCGCAGCAUCACCCUCAGCAGAUGCCACCUCAACACUCAAUGAUGCACCUCCCACCUCAAGCCAUGCAGUUACACCAUCAGCAGCAGCAGCAGCAGCAGCAACAGCAGCAGCAGCAGCAGCAGCAACAAGUUCCACCCCAAGGCUUUCCACAGAUGCCCCAGCAGUCUCAUCCCUUUAUGCAGCAGCAGGCUCAUCAGCAACAGAUCCAUCAGCAACAGUUCUUCAAUCAGCAGCAGCAGCAACAGCAACAACAACAGCAGCAACAACAACAACAGCAGCAGCAUCAGUUCUCUCAGCAGCAGCUGCGCCCCCAGCAGCUGCUCCGUCCACCCCUGCAGCAGCAGCAGCUGCAGCAACAGCAGCAGCAUGCAUUGCAACAGCAGCUGCAGCUGCAGCAGUUACAGCAGCAGAGAUUCCAGUUGCAGCUGCAGCAACAACAGCAGCAGCAGCAGCAGCAGCAGCAACAACAACAACAUCAGCAGCAGAAUCAGCAACAGCAAAUGCACCAGCAGCAGUUGCAGCAACAACAACAGCAACAACAACAACAACAACAGCAACAGCAGCAGCAGCAACAUUUCCUGCAGCAGCAGUUACAACAGCAGCACAUGCAGCAGUUGCAGCAGCGACAGCAGCAGCAGCAGCACCUCCAGAACCAAAACCAACAGGGCGUGCAGCAUCAGACACAGCAGGGGCUCCCCCACCAGACACCGGCCUCCAUGCAGCCCGCUCUCCAUCCGCCACAGGCUCACCAGUUGUUUGGUCACGAGCCUGGCGCAGACAUUCCUGAAGAUGGCUUCUUGAUUGGAUGUGUCUUUGCCAUUGCUGACUAUCCAGAACAAAUGGUUGACAAACAGCUCUUGACAACUUGGAAAAGGAUCAUUCAAAGUUAUGGUGGUAUUGUGGACUCAUCCCUAAACAAUCGUUGCACUCACCUGCUUUGUGAAAGCCAAGUCAGCAGCAUGUAUGUGCAGGCUUUAAGAGAGGGGAGGCGGUGUAUCACCAUCCACUGGCUCAACACCAUUCUGAAGAAGAAGAGGAUGGUCCCCCCACACAGGGCCCUUCACCUGCCCUUUGCCUUCCCGCCUGGGGCGAAGCCCGGCUCUCAGCACAUCAUCUCCGUGACGGGGUUUGUGGACACGGACCGGGAUGAUCUGAAGCUCAUGGCCUACCUGGCGGGGGCCCGAUACACGGGUUACCUGUGCCGUAGCAACACCGUGCUCAUCUGCAAAGAGCCGAGUGGGCUGAAGUACGAGAAGGCCAAGGAGUGGCGGAUCCCGUGUGUGAACGCCCAGUGGCUCUGCGACAUCCUGAUGGGGAACUUUGAGGCUCUGAGGCAGGUGCAGCACAGCAGGUACUCCCAGUUCAACCUGCAGGAGGCGCUCACGCCCAACCUGCACCUGGUCCACAACCUACUGGGUGCGUGGCGGAAUCCUGUGAAAGUAUCGCCAGAUGCUUUAGCGACACUACGACUUCAGCUGAAACAGAAACAGGCGGAUGCUAGCCCUCAGCCGCCUUCUAAGAAACCCAAGCUUGAAGAGCUCCCAAUACCAACCAAGAAGCUUCCGCCGGAGUCCACUCCGUGUGUGUAUUUCACUGGCUUUGAGCCCCUCCAGGUGCAGCAGCACAUCAAGAGGCUGUAUGAACUCGGAGGAGAGGUGGCAGAAAAUGUUCAGAAGUGCACUCAUCUGGUGGCCAACAAGGUGUUGCGGACGGUAAAGUUCCUCACGGCCAUCCCCGUGGUGAAGCACGUGGUGACCUCGGAGUGGCUGGAGGAGAGCUGGAAGAGCCAGAAGUUUAUGGACGAGCAGAACUACAUGCUGAGGGACGCUGAGGCGGAGGUGUUGUUCAGCUUCAGCCUGGAGGAGUCUCUGAAGAGGGCCCACACAGCCCCACUCUUCAAGGGGAAGUAUUUCUACAUCACCCCUGGGAUCUGUCCAGGCCUCAGCACCAUGAAAGCCAUUGUGGAGAGUGCCGGAGGGAAGGUGCUGUCAAAGCAGCCCCCUUUCCGUAAGAUUAUGGAGCACAAACAAAACAAAAAUCUACCAGAAAUUAUUCUCAUAUCCUGUGAGAAUGAUUUGCAUCUAUGCAGGGAGUACUUCCUCAAGAAUAUUGAUGUACACAAUGCUGAAUUCAUCUUGACAGGGGUGUUAACACAAGCCUUGGACUAUGAAUCAUAUAAAUUCACGUGAUGGGGGGUCACUGUGGUUGGAAAAGAGACGCCGAUGUCUGGAUUUAUCGACCUAGGUUCCUGCUAGGGCACAUGAAGACACUGAUGAAUGGGUUAUCCUCUAAAAACUUGCAUUGUACCAUAAAGUAAUGUCCUUUUUGUAGUGUUUUGUAUCCUGUACACAGACCAAUUGUUACUGUGUUUUUCCAGGUUCUGCAGAAUAGCUAACAAAUAAAUAGAUAUCUGUUAUUUUUAUGAUGUGUAAAUUAUGGAAUUGAGUGUAUCAUUGUGUGUGUUGUUUUUUUUUCUUUUUUACUGUUGAAAUGUUCUGUUUUUUUUUUUUUUGGAAUAAAUCCCUACUCACAUGUGUGGAGAGAGGCUACAGAA